AUGUUUCCAAUAGUAACGGUUAUUAUAUUUCUGGCAGGACAAGUAAAUGGUCAGUAUGGCAAUUUAGCAUCAUUGAUCGGUGAUUCACUUACACCGAACAUUCUCGGUAAUUCAGCUAACGGUGCCUCAGGUCUUCUUGGCACUCUUGGAACAUUAUAUCAAAUUGCUCAAGGUGCCUUACGAUUAACCGGUACCGGUGUUGGUAUCUUAAAUCAGGCUUCAGAAGGAAGAUGGUUUAAUAAAGCUAUUGAAGAAGCAAAAAAUCUUGGUAUUAAUUUUCCGGCACCAUCACCUGCUGAUUAUGAUCGUGAAAUUACAAAAUUGGAAGGUCUUAUUCCAUUCAGUCCUAGCAAUAUUACAACUACAGAGACAACUAAACGAACUGACACUCCAUUAAUUACUCUGUUUCCGGAGGAGACUGAAAAGAUCAAUCCAAAGAAGAAAGAAAACCGGAAUAGUAUAAGUGAAAUUGAUGUAGAUGAAACUGGAGAAGUGAUUGAUCGUUUUCGGAAUAAGAAAAAUCCUGACAUAAAAGAAUUUAACGAUUGUGAUCAUGAAGAAAAACAAACAGAUAAAAAAUUAGAAUUGGUUAAAGAGAAAGUGGCAAAAUUAGAACGAUUUAUCGCAUUGCUAUAUGAAAGUAACAUAACGGAAAAUGAUUUAAAUAAAUUGAUGCAAUUGCUCGAACGGGAAAAAACGGUUAAAUCGAAAUCAAUCAACAAAUCUUCCAUCACUGCUCCACCGAUAAUUUUUCGACGUAUCGGAUCGGUUAGUAUCACCGAUAACGAAGAUAACGAUCUACUUCCAUCUACUACUACACGAUCUCGAGCGAGAGCAGUUAGGAUCAAAUAUGAACCGCACAGUGGGUCAAUAAUCGAUUCAAGGUCUACAAUUUUUAAUCGUCCUAGGAAGUAUCCACGUCGAGUAGCAUAUCGAGCUCGAUUACCUUUUCUUACCAAUGCAACUCAUAUUGAUGUGCAGUCAGAAACAAACAUGAAUAAAAGAGUAAUUCCACAAAUUCACUUAACAGAACAAAAGUCAGAAAUCCUGGAACAGCCAUUUUUGCAACCAGCUGUUCCGAAUUUAUUUGGACAAGCACAAACUCCAUUAGCUGCGCCAAUUUUUGGAAUUUUUCAAACUCCAACAUUUGCACCGCCAAUUUAUCCACAAGCUAUGAAUGUUAUUCAAUCCCAGCCUUCUUCAUACACAACCAUUUUAGAAAAUCAUAAUCAAAAUAAUAGGUUACAGUUUUAUCAGAAACCUGCAUAUAUUCUAGAACGACCGAAUAUGUAUUUUAAUUCAAAUUCUAAUUUAUUAAUUCCUCCUUUCUAUAAUCAAAAUUCCUCAUGA